CUGAACAGCAGGUUGGGUUCUAAAAGCCUCACAUGUCUACAACAAAGUGACAGGCUAUGACUAAGAUCUCAACGAGACAAAGAUGAUCACGCCUCAAAUCACACAGCGAUGGGAAGCCAAUUAAAGGAACAAGAAACUGAAAUGAAACCAGGCUGGUUGGUGGAAAUGUCACGCCACUCUUCUUCGUGAAGAACAUCAUCAACCGUGUAUGGAUCCUUCUUUCAUGAAAGGCUCAAGACUGAGGUCAAGAAUCUUCUGAGCAAUUUGGAACUGUGGAUAUGAAGAACAAACAUCUAAAAAUCAACUUCCUGUGCCGGUAAACAAGGCGGCUAUUUAUUCAACCACACACAAAGCAUCCACCAUGCCUUGUUGAGAGGAAAAAGAAGGUAAACUGAUGUGGUUUGCUCAUGCAAAUGCUUGCGUGCGCUUUUUGCACUUUGACAGUAGGAUUACGCAACAUCUGAGUGGUAAGAAGCUCCUUCUGGCAGCUUUGUGAAAUGUAUACACACUGAAUUUGUAUACCUUUUCAUGGAAUUUCAUGUUUUGGUUCUGACCUUUAAAAGCGCUGACUGACUCCUUUUAAGCCAAACUCUAAUCGAUGACAAUGACCGAGAACAAUUCAAACACAAACUGCACCAAAGAUGACUUUAAAUAUGUGUUAUACAGCUCCGUUUUCAGUAUUGUCUUUAUUCUUGGGUUGCUCUUCAACAUGGUGGCCUUGUACAUUUUUGUUUGCAGAUUGAAAAUGCGCAACGAGACCACAACAUACAUGCUGAACCUUGUGGUCUCAGACACCCUCUUCGUCUUCAGCUUGCCUUUCAGGACGUUCUACUUUAUUAACCGUCAGUGGCCUUUCGGCGAUGCUCUCUGCAAAAUCUCAGUGGCCUUGUUCUACACCAACAUGUAUGGCAGCAUCCUCUUCCUCACGUGCAUCAGCAUGGACCGCUUCCUGGCGAUCGUUUACCCCUUCGCGUCGAGAACGUUGAGGACCAAGCGCAACGCUAAAAUCUCCUGCUGUGUGAUCUGGGUGGUUCUGCUGUCGGGAGGCCUAACCGCAAGUUUCGUAAUGGACACCACUUCGUAUACAAACAACAAAACGUACUGUUUUGAAAACUACUCAAACUCCCAGUGGAAGUCCAAGGUAUCGAAAGUCGUGGUGUUUAUGGAAACUGUGGGCUUCCUGAUUCCACUGAUGAUCAACUUUAUCUGCUCCAUGAGGGUCCUACAGACCUUACGACACCCAGAGAGCAUCAGUCGCGGAGGGCAGUUGAAAAAGGCUAAGAUAUUGCGUAUGAUUGUGGUGCACUUGCUAAUUUUCUGUUUUUGCUUCAUUCCGUACAAUGUCAAUCUGGUCUUCUACACACUGGUCCGAAGUCAGGUUAUUACACACUGCACUGUGGAGUCAGUGGUCCGGACAAUUUAUCCAAUUGCAUUUUGCGUUGCCGUAACCAACUGUUGCUUUGACCCAGUGAUCUAUUACUUCACCUCCGAGACGAUUCAGAACUCUAUUAAACGGAAGUCUUACGCUGUCCGCAAAAACACGCUAAACGACACAAUCGACAACAGAGUUAACAGAAAUGAUUCCAUAAAUAAAAUCACAUCUCUUAAAGUUAAAUUCAUCAUUGAAGAGUCUACAAUAUAACCAAAGUCCAGGCAUAAAUUGUUUUUUAUACCCAUUUUAUAAUAAAUUCUUAUCUGACAUACUCUGCCAAUGUUAGCAAUUGGUUGGCAGAGGAAAUAUUGACUGAUAACCAACUGAAGACUGCUGAACUUGCAGAAGUAUGAAGUUUGAGUAUCAUCUUGGUGCUAGAAUGGAUGCGUGUUUACAGGCUUAACUCAACUACCAUUUUCUUUAAUGGAUUAUUGAACCUGUAAUUGUAUAAGAACUGUAUAUGACUGAGACCUGACCAAGAAAAAUCAGUAUUUCUGUACAAAGUGCUUCAUUUCAAGACAAACAACAGAUUAAAUAAGCCUUAAACUUUCUUGCUUUACAUUGAAAAAGUCUAAAUGUAUCAUGAAUUAAUAAUGAAUAUUUUUUUACAGCAUUUAAUAAUCCAGGUUCAUUUAUUUUAUAAAUAACUAUAAGUUAAUUCAUGCUCGUUUAAAAUACCCUUAAUUUAUACAAAAUGUAUAGAAAUUAAAUUAAAUGCUGUUGUUCAUUGUUUUUUCAUAUAAGCUACUGAAUUAACUAAACAUUAAUUGAACCUUAUUGUAAAGUGUUACUAUCUAAACAAAGUUCAAAUGUAUUUUGUUUUACAUUUCAAUGUAUUCAUGCAAUAAACCUCUAGUUUAUUGCAUAAAUACAUUG